AUGCAACUAGUUUUUGAACGAAUUCAAGAGGAAUCUAAUAAAGAGUUGGGUUCAAGGUUUGAAUCCUUUUGUGUAGAUUUGUUAGUAGCUAAAUUUGCUAAAUUUGCUAAACACGGAACAGUUCAAGAUGGGAACUUUGAUCUAGGAUUUUUAGUCGUGUGGAAGCACAUAGAAUAUAACCUGCGGCAAUUAGAACUAGAAACCGCUAAUUUAUCAAAUGGAAAAGUUAUAAUUACUACUUAUCAUAAGAUGUGCAAUGAGAUUGAAAAAGCAAUAAUUAAAUUACAAGCGAAGAAAAUAGACAGAUUAGAACAAGAUAAAUUUAAAUUAGAUUUUAAUAGAUUUUAA